UCGAAAGAUUGUGUGUGCUAUGCGGCUAUUCAUACUGCAAAUGGCUUCUUCCACUGAAGCGAGAGUGUGCAUUGCAUGGACCAGUACCACUGUUGGUAGACGAUUUUUUGGCGUAGGGCUGUGUACGUGUGAAUGCAAUGGCGUUUCCUGUAGAAAAUACACCUGUGCCGCUCGUAAUGUAGAUUGGCAUAUUUUGUGAUGGACUCGGAGACCUACUUAUUGCCAGUAGAAAUGAGCUAAUACAUUGAUUCUAACGGAAUUCUUCUUACAAUGGAGCCUGGAAAAUGCCCGCUACUUUGACGAAUAUGGUGAAUUUAGUCGAGAAUUUUGGAAUGUGUGCUACGUGGAACCUGCAAACAUAACGGGUAGAUCCUCAUCAUCGGGAGCCAGUCAACAAAUGUGGGGAGGGUGUGUGUGUGUAUUUGUGGAUAGCUCGGUAAAUACGAUGCAGUCAGCUGCUGGAAAAUGAAGUGGACGAAUGUCAACUUCAGUACAAGUUGACUGCAUCAAGGUUAAUGUGGAAUUAAUGUAUUGGAAUUAUAUAGAAUAGGAUCAUUUUGAUAUUUGCCAAAUUUACUUUUAAUCUUCCAAUUAACAUGGCACAAAACCAUGAAUUAAGCACCUCGCCCCUGACAGGUGGUGGGCAGGUUUCGCUAACGAGAACGCUUUCAGGGGGCAGUGAGAGCACAAACCAUAGUUUAAAUCUUGGUGCUCUCCCUGUUACUAGUCUAUGCACAGCAAUGUAUGAUUACGAAGCCACGGCAGACGACGAACUGACCAUUCACCGGGGCGACUUGGUGGAAAUAAUCUCCAAAGAUCACGCUGUUUCGGGCGAUGAUGGAUGGUGGAUGGGCAAAGUUGGUGACCAACAAGGGAUAUUUCCGAAUAAUUAUGUCAGCGAUUCGCAGUUUAUCCUCGAAAAGGAAAUUAAUUAUGGAGUUAACGAAAUUGAUUUCAACGAAAUACAGCUGAACGAGUUGAUUGGUGUUGGUGGUUUUGGGAAGGUUUUUCGCGGAUCCUGGAGAGGAGAGGAAGUCGCGGUGAAAGCUGCAAGGCACGACCCGGAGGAUGAUGAUAAUAUGAGAUCAACUAUUGAUAAUGUUAGACAGGAGGCAAAACUCUUCAGUUUAUUAUCGCAUCCGAAUAUUAUAUCACUUAGAGGUGCAUGUCUUAGGGAACCUCAUGUGUGUUUAGUUAUGGAAUAUGCAAGGGGAGGCUCGCUGAACAGGUUACUUGUUGGGAAGAGGAUGCCGAUGCCGCCAAACGUUCUAGUAAACUGGGCUUACCAAAUCGCCGAUGGCAUGAACUACCUCCACUGGGAAGCUCCAAUCCCGCUCAUCCAUAGGGAUCUCAAGUCUAGCAAUAGUAAGUAUUAAACUCUUCUUUAAAUUCUUUAACGAUAAUACGCCAUUGGUGGAUUGUACCAGACUGGAAGAAGAAGAAAUUUAAAGAAGUGGAAAAUCAUAACGUAUCAAGAGCAAUCUCACAGUAUAUUAAGUUUAUCUGAUACAGUUACUUAAAUAGCAAUUGUCUCAGAAACUUCUGGAAGAUGUUUCACCAAGAUUGAAGUCUGAAUUAAAAGAAGGAGGGAGUGUCAUGGUGGGAGAGUAGGCAACCCUUAAGUUUAGGUGGUAAAUGAUGACUGAAAGAAAUUAUGAUGAAGAAGAUGGUGA